CCCCCACCCCCAAGCCCACCACUCUUUUUUCUAUAUUUAGUCGACUCUCCUCUUCACCAUCCAAUUUAUCGUAGACUUCUCAUCUUCAACUUUCCCACUUUACCUUCUUCACUGCAUAUAAUCUUAACUUUCUUGAUACAAACAGCAAAUUUCAGCUUUUGCAAAAUCAAUAAAGGCAAAAAUGAUGUAUGGGCAAACAAUAGCUGACUCAGGAGGAGAAAUCAAAAUAAGUUUUGGCUAUCACUGCACAGAUGAUUCGGGUGACGAUUCAGACAGUAUUCACAACUGCCAUGGAAUUAAACUUCAAAGAGCCAACAAUUCCUUCUCUUGCUUGUCCGGUGCGGCUUUAAGUGCCAACGCCACACUAGCUAACACAAAUAUUUGCAAUGGCUUGUUUGAAGCUGAGAUACUUCCAGCCUUGGAUUCACCUACUUCUUUCCGCCGGAUUCCCUCUUCACCGUCUUUCUCAAGAUUGGAUUUAUUGUCAUCUUCAUUUCAGAGCAAUUUGUCAAUCUUGAGUGGUAGUCCAUCCUCUCCAAGUGAGCUCCCUGACGACGAUUUAUUUUCAUUGAGGUCAAUGAGUGCUCCUCCCAGAAGUGAAGGUUUCCUUAAUGCAACAGAAGUUAAAAUUGCAGGCGGUGCAGCAGGUGAAGAUAGAGUUCAGGCUGUUUGUUCUGAAGAGAAUGGGUCACUUUUCUGCGGCAUAUAUGAUGGCUUUAAUGGAAGAGAUGCAGCUGACUAUCUGGCCGGUACAUUAUAUGAUACAAUUGGAAAUCACCUCAAUUUAUUGGAUUGGGAAAUGGGACAGGAGUCUGGUAAACUUUCUGACCGUUUGUGUUUACGUGGAAGCCUCCACGACGCCGUUCAAGAUGGAAAAUCUAGCAUUAAUCAGGGAUUAUAUGUUGAUCGCUUUGCGGAAGUGGAAAAAUCAUGUGACUCAUUUAAGCAGAAGGUGCUGAAGAGCCUCGAACAAGCUCUUUUUCAAGCUGAGAACGAUUUCCUCCAUAUGGUUGAACAGGAAAUGGAUGACCGCCCGGACUUGGUAUCCAUUGGAUGCUGUGUUUUAGCUGUGCUUCUCCUCGGGAAAAACAUGUACGUACUCAACGUAGGUGAUAGUCGAGCUGUAUUGGCAACACAAUGUAACGAUGAAGUGUUGCAGGCUGUGCAGCUCACUGCUUGCCAUAGUGUUGAUGAUGAAUCCGAAAGAACUCGACUACUAAAGGAACACCCUGAUGAUCCCAAAACAAUCGUGGCUGGGAAAGUCAAGGGAAAGCUAAAGGUUACUCGGGCACUUGGAGUAGGUUAUUUGAAAAAGAAAUCAAUGAAUGAUGCUUUGAUGGGAAUUCUUCGAGUCCGUAAUCUGAUCAGUCCACCAUAUGUUUCUGUACAACCACAUAUGACUGUACACGAAAUCUCAAGUUCAGAUCAGUUUGUUGUGCUUGGAAGUGAUGGUUUAUUUGACUUCUUCAGCAAUGAUGAGGUUGUUAAACUUGUCCAUUCUUAUAUCCUACGUCACCCUUCUGGUGAUCCAGCCAAAUUUCUAGUGGAGCAGCUUGUGAUGCGAGCAGCAGAUUGUGCAGGAUUUAGUAGGGAAGAGUUGAUGAGCAUCCCAGCUGGUAGGAGAAGGAAAUAUCAUGAUGAUAUAACAGCAAUUGUAAUAAUACUUGGAAUGAACAAACGCACCUCAAAAGCAUCUACAUGCAUAUGAGUUUGUCAAUUUGAAGAAAUUUUUUGCCUCUUUAUCUUUUCCUUUUUUUUUUUUUUCCUUUUGGUCCCUAAUGUGAGGGAAAAAUAGAAGGGGAGUGGUUAUUUUACUUGUAGUAAUAGUGUUUAUGUUUUUUUCCUCAUUAUUUUUGGAUUUGUUAAACUUUACUGUACAAGACCUUUCUGAUCUUAGUUAUGUACAGAAUGUUUCUCAUUUUCAUGAAUGCAUGAAAAUGAUGGAUUUUCCUUAAACAGAUAAGAAUUGGUUUUUAUUUC